CUUGGCGUUUAACCCGUUCAGGAGUGAACAAGUGGAAUUACCGGUGGUUUUCGUUUUGUGAAAAGAUAGACACGGAUCAAUUUUUAAGAUCGGCUGCCUUAAGAUCCCACAUCACACCACAGACUUUGCCUCAGGGAUGACUUCUUGUAAACAAUAAGAACGUGCACUUAUCCCUCCACACAAGCAUCCACCGUCACCCCGGGCUGUCACCAUGAGCUCGUCAAACCGUCAGAGAAAGGAGGUGGUAAGGAGAUUGAAAGCCAAGGUCAAGGAUUACUGCUCUGUAGAAAAAUGGAAGGAGCGCUUUCCCAUUUCUAUGUGGCUGCCACGGUACCGUCCAUACAAAGGAGUCAAUGAUGUCAUUGCUGGACUCACAGUGGGUCUAACUGUGCUACCUCAAGGACUUGCUUAUGCUGGCAUUGCAAAACUUCCAUCAGAGUAUGGACUCUAUGCAGCCAUCAUGGGUGGUUUUAUGUAUGCUGUCUUUGGCAUGUCCAAAGAUAUCUCUGUUGGUCCCACAGCCAUCAUGUCCCUCCUUGUGGCCCAGUAUGGAACACCCCUACCAGGAGACGAUGGAUUGAACGAUCCAACCUAUGCCAUACUGUUGGCAUUCUUCUGUGGAAUAGUCCAAAUUGUAUUUGGGGUCCUUCAUUUAGGUUUUAUUGCCAACUAUAUAUCUGCUGUGGUAAUAUCAGGCUUUACCUCUGCAUCAGCUAUUACCAUAGCGAUGAGUCAGGUCAAAACCAUUCUAGGUGUGAAAUUCCCGUCGGAGACGUUCAUUCAUGACCUCAUCGAGACAUUCAAGCAUAUAAAGGAAACAAGGUGGCAGGACCUUACGCUUGGAUUGAGCUGUAUUGUUGCACUUGCUUUAAUGAGAUUCAUGAAGAAUAAGGCACAGAAAAGAAUAGAAAAGCUGGGGAAAAAGCCACCAAUAAGAAAAAAGAUAAUCUGGAAAUUCAUCUGGAUUUUUGGAACUGCUCGUAACGCUGUUAUCGUCAUCAUAGCAGCAGCUAUAACAUAUGGUCUUCAUGAGAGUGGCAAUGAUGAGGUUUUUACCAUUGUUGGUAAUGUCACAGAUGGCCUUCCUCCCCUGGCUAUACCAAACUUUGGAGCAGAUAACAUUAUCAAAAACUUGAAUAUAGGUCUAAUAAUCAUUCCUAUGCUUGGCUUUCUGGAAAAUAUAGCUAUUGUCAAAGGGUUUGCCCGUAAAAAUGGCUACCGUGUUGACACAAACCAAGAGCUUAUAGCGAUAGGUGCUUGUAAUAUUGGUUCAUCGUUUAUAUCGGGGUAUCCUAUAACAGGCAGCUUUUCAAGGUCAGCGAUUAACGAGCAGAGUGGGGUAAUGACCCAGGCUUCCGGCAUCGUUACAGGGACACUGGUCAUCAUCUCUAUUGCUUUCCUUACACCAGUAUUCUUCUAUAUUCCUAAGGCUUCAUUAGCAGCUGUGAUUGUCUAUGCAGUCAUCUUUAUGAUAGAUUACCACAUUGUUGUCAAGCUGUGGAGGGUCAGGAAACCUGACCUUAUCACCCUAGCGAUGACCUUCUUUGUUUCAUUGUGGCUGGGAGUUGAGUAUGGUACCAUUAUCGGUAUCUUAGUAGAUCUUCUGAUGCUGCUAUAUCCCUAUGGCAAACCUGGUUUCACUUCUGACGAAGAGGAGGAUCAGAGUGUUGUUAUUAUCCACAUGGAGCAAGGUCUUAGGUUUCCUGCAGUAGGUGAGCUUCAGAACCUCCUGGACGACAAAGCUCUCAUCCAGGAGAAACCGCCUGCAGCCAUCUUAGAUUUCUCUAAUGUUUCCUCCAUGGAUUACUCGGUUGUUGAGGGUCUGAAAGACAUUGUCAGAUCAUUUUCAAAGAAGAAAAGCAGACUGGCACUUGCUGGAGUGAGGCCCAAGAUGAAAAGUAUGAUUGACAGUGCGGACAUCAAGGAGGUGGUGAUCUACGAUACCGUAGACGAUGCCCUUGAAGGGAUGGAUGAUGCCCUGGAGAGGAUGGUCAUCGAUGACGAUAACAACCAGAACCAUCAGGGUGUUCAGCUUUCAAACUUGAAUCCUGGUCCAACUGAAAGAUCAAAUAAUGUCAUCGAAGUGGACAUAGAGGAGGAGGAGGAGAUUGAUACUACAAACAAGGACCAGGUGGAUGCGAGUCUGAAGGGAAAAAGCAAACGAGAUGGAAGCAUGGAAAAUAAGACCCUUCAAGAGAGCCAGCAGGACAGUCAGCAGGAUAAAAGCAAUCCAGAUGAUAGUAUCCAAGAAGUGAAUGUCCAAGUAUCUGAGCUAUGAUAUGAGUAGCUCCUUGGGAUGAAACCUAUAACUAUUAGAAAUGCAAAGUUCAAAGACCAGGGGCCUAUAACACAAAGCUUAGCAAUGAUUGUAUAACAUUUUUCUACGGUUGAUUGCAUUGACUACAAUGUACAGUCAUUUUUGAAAAUCAAGAAAAUCAAACAUACAAUUAAUGGUUAACCUUUGUGUUACGGGACCCAGGGGGUGUAACACAAGACUUAGAGUUUAAUAGAAAGUCUCAUUUUUACACUUGAUUACAUUGAUUAGUGUGUGCAAUCAAGAAAUACAAAUCCAUUGCAGGAUCAAUUGCUAAGGUUUGUGUUAACAACUAGGCAACAUGUAUAGGUGAGAUAUUAGGCAGAAACUGGUGAGUGUUUCAUAAAGCUGUUUGUAAGAUACGAAUGACUUAACCCAGGACUGGUGAUCCUUUCUUGUGCUAUGUGAUAUCUCUAUGUAACUGAUUUAGCACCCAAGAA